AUGGACAAGAUGUUGAAGACUAUGCCACUUUCUUUGGAUGAUAAAUAUUACACUCAAAGAAAUGAAGAAGAAUUCCUUAAUUUUUCAAAUAUUAAAGGUGAAAAAAUAUUGAACUUAGUAAAUAUUGCUAAAAAA